GGACGACUCACUCUCCCUCAACACAACACCACUCUCGAAAUACUUCUAAACAACAUUCAAUAUGGUUUUAGCAAAGUCGAAGAACAGCGUCGGGCUGGGCAACAGCCUGAUGAACGAUCGCUUUGGGAAGAACAAGGGCGCAGACAUGCGGCGGGGCACUCACAAUGCCGAAGCCAUUCAGAGGACGGACAUGGAUGGACAGACGUACCUCACCAAUGGGAAGAAAGAGGCGUCCUGGGUCAAGAUGCGCUCCGUCACCGAACAAGGUGCCCUCGACGAAUUCCUCUCGACCGCCGAUCUGGCAGGCACCGAUUUCACAGCGGAGAAGAUGAACAACGUCAAAAUCAUUCACAGAGACCAGAAGAACCCGUACUUGUUGUCGUCAGCAGAGGAGCGAACUUUGUCCAAGAAGCACAAGGAGAACAAGAGUCGCCUGACAGUACCGAGGCGGCCAAAAUGGGACGAGAAAACAACACCACAGGAACUGGAUAGGCUUGAGAAAGCGUCGAUACUGGACUGGAGGAGAGGUUUAGCUGAGUUACAGGAGACAAGCGACUUGCUCAUGACACCGUUCGAGAGGAAUUUGGAGGUGUGGCGACAGUUAUGGAGGGUCAUUGAGAGAUCGGACUUGGUAGUGCAGAUUGUGGAUGCCCGGAAUCCGCUUUUGUUCCGAAGUGAAGAUCUGGAGAAAUACGUCAAGGAAGUCGAUCCGAGGAAGAACAACCUGCUGUUGGUGAACAAGGCCGAUAUGAUGACCAUCGAGCAGAGGAAGGCUUGGGCCGACUAUUUCGUCGAGGCAGGCAUCAACUUUAGGUACUUUUCGGCUGAGUUGGCGAAAGAGAUAAACGAAUCCCGAGUUUUGGACGAGGAUGAUGAAGACGAGGACGAGGAGGAAGAGGAACAAGACAACCUUGCAAAGGAAGCAAAGAAGAUCGAUCUGCAGGACGCCCAAGAAGAAGAUGGCAAAUGGGUCGAUGAAGAGAGUGUUAGUAGCGAUGACGAGCCUCUAUCCGAGGAAGAGGAGCGGACUCGAAUUUUGACAACAGAGGAGCUCGAGGAGCUUUUCCUUGAGCAUGCUCCCGAGAUUGACACCGGACCUGGUCAACCACCACGCAAAACGCAAAUUGGUCUCGUCGGGUAUCCCAACGUCGGAAAAUCGUCUACUAUCAACGCCUUGAUUGGUGCUAAGAAGGUCUCCGUUUCCGCAACUCCCGGAAAGACCAAGCAUUUCCAAACAAUCCACCUCAGCGACGCCGUCAUCCUCUGCGAUUGUCCCGGUCUCGUGUUCCCCAACUUCUCAACCACCAAGGCAGAGCUCGUAUGCUCUGGCGUCCUUCCCGUCGACCAGCUCCGCGAAUUCACAGGCCCGGCAGGUCUCGUAGCUCAACGAAUCCCCCACUCCUUCCUCGAAGCAGUCUACGGUAUGAAAAUCAACAUACGCCCAGCCGAAGAGGGUGGGUCAGGUGUUCCAACUGCACAAGAGGUCCUGGGUGCGUACGCUACUGCGAGAGGCUUUCACACUACCGGAGCAAGUAAUCCCGACGAAUCUCGUGCCGCGCGUUACAUUUUGAAAGACUACGUCAAGGGGAAACUCCUAUUCUGCCACCCACCUCCCAGAGAGCCACCUAUCGACCUGAAGCACUUUAAUCGCGAAUUAUACGAUCAGAGCCAUCUUCCCGAAAAGAGACGGACUCAUCUGGCAGUAGCAAGUGCCGCCUCCGUCACUGGAUCAGAAGACCCGUCCCUAAUGGACGACGUCGAUCUCCCUGUUCGGCCCAUUGAAGGCAAGAAGACGUCAUACAUGGACAACAAGUUCUUUGGGCCGAAUGGGAGCAACGCUGGGCAUUUGCAGAUGCCAUUCCAGCACGUAUACAGUGAGCAGGGUCAGGCCAAGCAGCUGACGGGGCGGAAACAGAAGGCCAUGCUGGCUCUUGAGAAGGGCGUGGAUCCUGCAGAGUUGAGGUUGAGCGGGAAGAAACAUUUCAAAGCAAACAAAAGGAGAGGGAAAGGGAAGGCGAGGGAUGAUUAUGAUUAGUUCUGCUGAGAGUCUAUCAUGCAUGGUUGGUUCUUAUGGCGUUUAGGACAGAGCAUGAUUGGCAUGAUAAAACCGUGCCACAAUUCUACUGCCAUUGAUUUGAUUAUGGAACGUGUUUUUGAGUAUCGUAACGAAGUAAGCCUUGGAAACGCAAUUGUGUCAAGCCCCUAAUACCCUGGCAUGCUGUCCAUAUUGUGCGCUCCG